GAGCAUCCUCGCCGGUUCUUUGUCAGGCUUUGGAAAUGGCGAGCGAGCAGGCGGGACAACACGGAAACGCCGACGGCAGGUUUCUGGGGUUGCUGAAGAAGGCAAGCGAGCUGAAGCCGGAGGAGCUGCUGUAUCGCCGCAACGGGAUGCUCUUCCCCUCGCUACUGUGUACCGAGCACAACCUAGAACAGUUUUCAAAGUUCGAAGCUCAUCCUGAAGAUAUGUGCCUCGUUUCCUAUCCCAAAUGCGGAUUUAAUUGGGUAAUUCAGCUACUUUGUGGUAUUGCCUCUACCGUUCAGAAUAAAACUGAAGAAGAGAAAGAAAAUGAACCUAAAGUCGUGAUACUGGAAUUUGCAAAUGCUGAUAGACACAAGCUGUUUAAAAACCAGCAAUCACCACGGGUUUAUGGAACACAUUUCCAUUACGAAGAUUUACCAACAUCUAUAAUUGAGAAGAAAACGAAGAUCCUGGUGGUAUCUCGCAAUCCCAAGGAUACCGCUGUUUCCUAUUAUCACUUCUGUCAGAAAAACCCUUUACUGCCUACCCCUACGUCCUGGGAUGAGUUCUUCAAGAAGUUCAUGGCUGGAGAAGUGGCCUGGGGAUCUUACUUUGAUCACGCUCUCGUUUCGGACAAGUACAUUGACGAUGAAGGUGUUAUGGUUAUCACAUUUGAAGAGCUGAAGGAGGACCUGGCAGGGGGAGUGCGGAGGAUAGCAGAGUUCUAUGGCUUCUCACUGAGUGAAGAACAGAUUCAAAACAUUGCCGACAAGGGCACCUUCCAAGCCAUGAGUGCCAACUCACAGAAAACCCACUUCAACCUUGGCAACGUCUUUUUCCGCAAAGGUGUGGUUGGUGACUGGAGAACCCUUUUCACCGAAGAACAAAGUCGAGAGAUGGAUGCCAAGUUUGAAAGUUGUUUAGCAGGCACUAAGUUGGGAGCAAAACUAAAAUACGACCUGUACUGUAAGGCGUAAAGAAGGCAACAAAAACUGAUAAAUAAAGAUUAAUAUUUUUAAAGAACUGAUCAUUUAGAACUAUAUGCUCAGAAUCCUCUGGCUUGAAGCCCACAGCUUAAAAAAAUGGAAGGAACCAUAUGAUCCACCAGGAAAAGGCAGCUUGAUAUUCUGGGUGCAGGGCCAAGUUGCCCUAUGACUUUUCAAUUCCAUGUCUAUAAUGUUAAGCAUAGUUUCUCCUCGCCUCUUUUAACUCUCCUACCCCCAACAUUUAAUGCUGUAGCAAUCGUUCAGACUUCUUUUGUUGCUCCUUGUCAGAAACAAAUCAAAUUCAAAAUCUCCUGCAAUUCAUCACAAUGGGUGAAUGCUGCCUGUAGUGUACUGUGCUAUCGCUGUAUCCCAGACACUCUCCGUCUGUGCCCUAGACAAGGACAAUUGCAGGUCAUUGCAGUGAGAUUUGUUGUCAUCUACGCCCAAAAAGGCAAGGCAGUUGUCAUUAUCAUGGAUGUUAGAUGGAGAUUAUCUGGCCUCUCUUUUGGGUCUUCUGUUGAAUAAGCAGGAGUAAAGAAGGGAAUCAGAAUCGUUUAUUAUCACUGUCAUAUGUAAUGAAAUUUGUUGUCCUGUGGUAGCAAAAAAAAAGUGUUUGCAUUUUAAGUUUUAUAAAAACUUUGCGCAGCUGAGAAUGGAUCAACACAUCCUCUGGGAAAAAAAAUCCAAAAAGACGUAAACAUAAUGGCAGUCCUAAGAUAAGAUAAAACUUCAUUUGUCCCCAAGGAAACUGUGGUUGCAAGGUCAGUCAGAAAUAUAUACUUUAAAAUGUAAGCAUUGAGAUAAGGAAAAAAAUACGAAAUGUGCAUGAAAAAGUAACAAUGCGAAGUACAGAUGUGCAAUGAAAACAUAUACUUGUAUACUUAAGGAGGAGAAGUUGUAGAGAAUGAAUGUAGACAUCACUUUGCAAAUGAUAAGAGCAGAUUGAUAGAAUACUCAUUGGUCAAAUUAAUAGGCAAUUGUACCAUCUGUACAUUUCCUAUGGAUACUGUAACCAAUAGUGUGGGGAUAUGUGACUUUGAAAGUUAUAAUUUCCAAAAAUUUUUUUGCUGUUGCCACAAGAUACCAGAAUUUUACCCCCUCUCUUAACCUAGGACCUGACUGGUGGCAUAGUGGCAUCAAC